AACUUCAAACGUCAGGGAGGGGGAAUCAGUUUAUGAUGUAUUUUCAUUCAUUUACUAAACAAAACCACAGUAACUGUGACAUUUCAUAAUACAUAUUCCUCAAUCAGACCAGACAUUCUUAUCUACCGAUAAAAAUCUGAUAUUGGUUGGUUAUAUUAUUUCGAAUUUUCAGCAUAAAGAUCAUCAUGUCCAAACCGGUUCCAAAACUUCCUAAUCAAUUUCUACCAAUUACUAAAGAUGUACUCAAAGAAACAGUAUUAAAAGCUAAAGAUUGGGCAAUUUUGCAUGGAUGUUCUAUGAGGUCAAAAAAUAAUUACAGUGAAGAUUCAGUUCAAAUUUCUCCUUUCAAUUUACUUCCAUCAAGUUUUCCUCGAAGAGAAUUCAACAAAGUUGUAGAACUUCAAACAGUUUUUAACGAGUUGAUGCAUCGAGUAGCUCACGAUAGAGAAUUUGUGGAAGCAUGUUUCAAGGAUACCAUUCAAGUGGAUGAAUUCACUGGAAACUUAUUCAAAAUAUAUGAAACAGUUCAACAAGAAGGAGUAUCUCAGGUGAAUUCAAUGAAACUUUUUGUAUUUGGGAAUAUGAGGUCAUAUAUUUCAUUACGGUCGGACUACUUACUACAUAGUACUUCUAAUAAUAAUCUGAAGCAGGUUGAGUUGAAUACAAUUGCAUCAAGCUUCAGUGGUAUUGGAACUUACAUGACACAAUAUCACAGAUAUGUUUUACAAGAAUUAGGGCAUUUCGAUAAAAUAAAAAAUCUCCCUGAUAACGAUGCUCUUACUGGAAGUUCGCAAGGUUUAUUGGAUGCAUGGAAAUUGUAUGGGAAUCCUGACUCGAUAAUAGUAUUCCUUACUGAAGAAGUAACUUACAACAUAUGCGAUCAGCGGUUACAUGAAUUCGAAAUAAGCAAGUUGAAUCCUGAGGUCAAAGUGUUAAGAAGAUCGUUAACUGAUAUACAUGAUAGGGGUUCAAUUAAUUCUAAGGGGGAACUGAUUAUAGACAAUGACAUUGUGGGUCUAGUUUAUUUAAGAGUUGGCUAUGAACCUGAUAAUUAUCCGUCCAAAAAAGAAUGGGAUGCAAGGUUACUGAUAGAAAGGUCAAAGGCUAUUAAAUGUCCCAACAUACAGUACCAUUUGGUAGGACAAAAAAAAGUACAACAGGCUCUAGCAAAGUCAGGAGUACUUGAACGCUUUCUGACAGAUCCCAAAAAAAUUGAAGCUCUUAGAGAAGUUUUUGUUGGAUUAUAUGGACUCGAAUUUGAUGAAUUUGGUGACCAGGCUGUCCAAAUGGCUCUUGAUGACCCAGAAAGGUAUGUCCUGAAACCACAAAGGGAAGGUGGUGGUAACAAUUUAUAUGGAAAAGAUGUGAGAGACUUUAUGCUCAAAGUAAAGGAUACCAAAGAAAGAACUUCAUGGAUUUUGAUGGAGAGAAUUUUACCACCUUCUGAAACAGGGUAUAUGAUAGUACCUGGGGGACCCAAUCCACCACCUUUGUCUGAAACAGUUUCUGAGCUUGGGAUCUUCGGUGUUCUUAUUGGGGACCCACAAAAGAUAAUUGUGAAUAAACAAGUAGGUCACAUGCUGAGAACUAAAGCGGCAGACUCUGAUGAAGGGGGGGUAAUAGCAGGUUUUGGAGCAUUGGACAGUCCCUAUCUGAUUGACUAAUAUAAUCUACAUUGCCAUUCCGAGUAAUGAGCUUUGAAGCACUAUAAGUUGAUUCAACAAAGUUAUCAGCAAUUUUUAUAUGUUUUGAGAACAGAUAUUUUUAUCUAAAGAAUAUGAUUGUUUUUAUGAAAAAUACUUCUUGAAUAAAAUAUUUUUGAAAAAAA